AAAAACAACAGCGCACAGGCUACGACGACGGGAGAAAACAAAGUGUUGUUUGCUUGUUAGUUUGUGAGCAUGUAAAAAUUUAUAUAUAAUUAAGAUAAAGGCCAAUUUGCCUUGCUCUUAGUCUAAAUUUAAAGUGAGUUUGUGUGUGAGUUGAAGAACAAAAAAAAGCGAACAAACAGCAGCUGAGGAGCAAUAACAACAAUAGAAAGAAGUGAAGGCGUCUUUGAGUAGAGUGUUGUGUGUGUUAUUGGUGCGUGACAGACAAAAAAUUGAUACAGGGCCAGGGACGUUGACGUCGUCGUCGUAAAUUGGAAAGUGGCAAAAAGCAAAAGAAAAAAAACAGCUUCAAAUAUUAAAGCGAGCACACACACGAAUACCACACACACACACAUGGAGGCGUUUGUUUGAUGAACGAUUUGGAGCAGCGAACGCAGAAGACGAAGAAGACAAAAGCAGCAGCAGUAGCAGCAACAACAACACAAGCAGACAAACAAAUUAUGACGACGCGUGAAAAUGUUGCCAGCCGUCUGUCCAAAUUGAUGCUUAACAAUAGCAAUAGUAACACUAACAAUGGCAGCUCAACAGCACAAGCUGCAACAACAACAUCAACGACGACGACGGCGUCGACAACAGCAGCUUCGAUGGUGUCCAUGGUGCAAUCACCGCAAUCGCCUGGUGAACAAUCCGAGUUGAAUCAAUUGAAACGCGAUGCGGAUCCGCAAUUCUCGCGCUUUGCCGACUACUUUGUGAUAUGCGGUUUGGAUCUGGACACGGGCCUGGAGCCCGAUCGCUUUGCAGGCGAUAAUCUGCAUUGUUCGCCGCUGGAUCGUGCGUACAAGAGCAAACCAUUGGCCCAUUAUCCGGAGCAUGUGACCUGGAAUCCAUUUGAUGCACACGGCAUUUGCAUGUUGUCGCUGCCCCAAGGAUUGCGCUUUCGCACACAGAAGCACAACAUUGAGCCGAAGUUUCAUUCAUUUGCGACGACACGCGAGGACGGCAAACGUUGCUAUGGCUUCAGUUUGGUCUUCUACGAGGAGAUACGCAAUCGCAACAUUUGCGGGGCCAUCCACACGCUGCAGUCCAUGUUCAUCACGGAGCUAUCGAAUGGCCAGCAGACGCAUUCGCUGAGCCGCGUCAAGGAUGGCCCCGUGAGUCGUUCGUUGCCCAGGCACUUCAAGGUUGCCGGCCAGGCGCCGCAGUCGGCUCAGAGUUAUUACGACAUCAGCAAGGACAAACUGUUUGUGGCCAAGAGCAUUUCAUUGAUUUGCCAAGCGCCCUACGCAUUCGCCGCCCAGCUGUUUCUCAAGAACUUGUAUCGUUGUCUUCCACGACAGCCUGGCGCUGGCAUCAGUCUCGAGUCGUAUGUCUACAACAUAUUGUAUGAGGUGAUGUUGCCACAGCCCGGCAAAUCCAUACGCGUCUAUUUGCCACCCAUGGAACCGCAUCUGGCCGCGAUUGCAUUGAUCCUGCAGCGUCCAUCGCUGUCCACUGAACUGCCGCUGCUGGACUUUCCGCUGCGUCUGCUGUUCAGCUAUUUGGGAGUGGAAUGCGUCAUCCAGCUGCUCACCUGUGUGCUCCUCGAGAGUCAGGUGCUGCUGCGCUCAACGGACUACCAGCGAUUGAUGAUUGUGGGCGAGUGCAUUACUUCGUUGCUGUUUCCUUUUAUUUGGCCACAUGUGUAUGCUCCCAUUCUGCCCGCUGCACUGCAUCAUUUUCUGGACGCACCCGUUCCCUUUGUGAUGGGUUUGCACGCAGAGUGCGAGGCGGCGCAUAAGAUUGGCAGCGAGGCGGCGUUAUGCUUUGUAGACAUUGACAAGAAGCACAUACAGCUACCCGAGGAGUUGCCCAUCUUCCCCCACAAGAUGGACUUUAUGGCAGAGAUUAUCUCGGUGCUGGACAAGUUUGAAAUUGAACGGGAUCGCGCCCAGGAACCGAACCUGAAGAAUGGCUAUGGAAUGCGUGGCGGCGCCGAUGCCAUGAUCUCCAGUUGCACGCUGCCCAACGGGCUGCAGGCGGCAAGGCGCAGCAAAGAGCGCUUCCAGCAGCUGCAGGAGACGGUGUAUACGCUGGGUGGGCCAGGUGGUUCACCUGGACAGCUGCCAGGAGUGGACUAUCAGCCACUGGUGGCGCAUCCCUCGAAGAUUGAUCAUGUGCCGCGCAUUGCGGACUUUUUGCGACGCAAGGGCGGCAUGAGAGCGGCACAAGCAUCGGGAUCCCCGGUGGGAAGUCCAACGAUGUCGUUGUCCUCGUCGCCCGUGGGCAUUUACCAUGAUGUGGAUGCAGUGGACGCCACGUUGCCGCCAUCGCGCAUGGGCUCGUUGUCGCGUCGCUCGGAGAAACAAAAGCUUUCCGCCGUGGAUCAAUACUAUCAGGAUUUGCGCAUCAAUAACUCGCUGAGGGAGAUCUUCUUGAAUCGCUUUGCGCACAUGUUUCAUGCCUACGAAUACUUUGUCAUCUAUCCCAAUCAGGCCAAGGACGAAUGGUUGUCGAAUCGCGAAACGUUGCAGAACUUUGAUAAGUCAUCAUUUCUGUCCGAUCAGCCGGAGCAUCAUCGUGCGUUUCUGGCGCGCUUUCUAGAAUCUCAAAUGUUUGCCACGCUCAUUGACAACAAAAUUCUGGCCAUGUGGGAGCCACAGCCCGACGAGCAGCUGCAGCUCUUCGAUCAGCGCAUCAAGCUGUUGAGACGUCGGCAUGGCGAGAACAUGAUCUGCGCCACCAGCUAUGAGCCGUGUGUGCUCAGCCAGGAUGCGCAGCAGGGCUUCGAGAAGCGUCUCAAUUGCAUCGACAUUGAGGUGACGCCGCCCAGCGAGAUUCUCUCGAAUCGCGCCGCCUACUUUCGCAGCUUCCCGUUGCUCGAGAAGGGCGUGCUGAAUCAGGAGUGCGCCUCGAGAGGCAACAGCUUGCGGCGCGUCAAGAAUGGCAACAAAUGGCGUGCCCGGGAAAUCUCAUUGGAUCAGAAGCCCACGAAUAGCAGCACCGGAGGUGGAGGUGGAGGCAGCAAUUCCAACUCAAAUGUGGCCAUCAAUCGACUUUCUGCGAAUCUCACCACGGCGGAUGUGAGUCCAGCACUCAUCGCCCAGGCCAACUGGACAUUUGUGGAAAGGCUACUGAAGGACAUCAAGUCGAAGACGAAGCGCAUGCUGCUGGAGAAGAUGGGCAACGAAGCUGUAGCCCUGGGCCUCAAAGGCGACGGCAUCGAGGAGAACACGCUGAUUGCCAGCAUGUGUGAUCUGCUCGAGAAGAUUUGGUCACAUGGACUGCAGAAUAAGCAAGGCAAAUCCGCACUCUGGGCGCAUCUUCAGGCCUACAUUGAGUUGCAGGAAGCACGCGGUGGUGCCGCCAACAGUAGCAACAGCGUGGAGCCAUCGACUCCAGUUUCGAGUAGUCCCAGCAGCAAGAUGAACAUAGCCAGUGCAUCCCCAGCACUCGCUUGGAAUGCUAUGCGAAAGCGCAUGGAUUAUCUGUCCACAUUCCAAACCGAUUUUGAGAGUCCGCCGAGUCCGAAUCGCAGCCGAUCGCGAGAUCGCAACAAGUUUGUGGGCCUGGAACAGCUUUGUCCGCUGCCCGAAUCGCUGGAGUUUGAUGUCAAAAACGUGCUGGCCAUGGCCGACAUCAAGACGCACAUUGGCUACACUCGCGCCUGGGUGCGUUUGUCUCUGGAGAAGAAGCUGCUCUCGCGUCACUUUCGCACUCUGCUCUCGGAUGAGAGUCUGCUGCGUUCUCUCUACAAACGUUCCGCUUUUCUGCGCUGCGAGGAGGAGAAGGAGCAGUUCCUCUAUCAUCUGCUGACGCUGAAUACCGUGGACUAUUUUAGCUUUACCAACAUCUAUCCCACAACGAAGCUGCCCUAUCGCGUUGUCAUCUUCCCCUCGCGCAAAUACGGCUCCUAUCACACCUCGAGCAAUGUGUGGAUCAUGGUCUCCGGCACCAUGAACGAGACGCAGCGUGUGCCCGUGCCCAAGGGUUCGCUGGAGUUCAUCUUCCAUUACAAAAAUCUGGGUCUGCUGACAACGAUGCGCAUAGGACACGACAAUUCGGGGCAGAGCCACAAGUGGCUGGUGGAGCAGGUGGUGAUGCGCAAUGAGGUCACCGGACACACCUAUAAAUUCCCUUGUGGCCGCUGGCUGGGCAAGGGCGUGGAUGAUGAUUCAACGGAGCGUUUGCUGGUCGGGCAACGUGUCUCGACAAGCGUCAAGAACGCGGAGCUGGUGCCGCCCACACGAACGCCACCGCGAACACGAAGUCCCAGUGUGCAGCGACAGGAAUCGAUUGCGCCAUCGGAGAUUCAGCAUCAGCUGGGCAACUGCGUCAAUGUGAUUGUCAAGUGGCACUACAAACCGAGUAGAGAUCGAGAUGUGGGCACUCUGACGAAUCUGCUGUGUGGCGACGAUGGACUGGUAAAAUGCCUGGAGCAGGUCUUUCUCUGUGGCUUCCGUUCGUCGCGCUUCUUUGGUCGCAAUCUCUACAUCUGGGAUUACUUUACGAAAAUCAAAGAGCUGUUUGAACAGAAUCUGCAACAGGAACUAGAUGACUCGGCAUCCAGCAUGGAUUCCUCCUUCAGCAAUGGCAGCUGCAACAGCUUGCAGCGUCGUGAGGUGGCCAGCAUUUGGCGUCUCUAUGUCCAGCUAAUGGAUGAGAUCAACGGCACAGCGAGCACGCUGGGCAAAGAUGGCAAAUUUCAGCUGCUCAUUUGCCUCAGUUUGCGAGAACAUCUGUUGACUCGCCUAAUUAAACCCAUGGCACUGACAAAGGUCACUCAGGAGAUGUACGAGGAGGAAAGCUUUUUGCGUCGACGCAAUCUUUUGACAUUUCUCAUCCAGAUACUGGAGCCGCUCGAUGAUUGCCACAUUGUGUUGGAGAACUCCAUAACCCAGGGCAUACGCAUUCCAUCACAGUGCUGAGGAGCGUCAGUAAUCGGUUCCCAAGCACUCGACUCACUCUCACACCCACAGACAUUUUGCAACCAGUGACCUAGAGAAGAAUACUCAUACAUAUAUCUGCCCUAAAGUACAUUUGGAAACGCACGACUCGAAUAUUCUCGUUGUUAGUUUUAUGUAAGCUGAAGACUUGCCCUCCUUCGAAACCUAAUCCUAAAUCUAAACAUACCUUAACCUAAUCCAAUCACUUGCCAUCCACACGCUUGCCAAGUGUUCCAAGUCAAAAAGUGAAGCCAAAGUUGAACAAAAAAUUGUGUGCAAUUAAGAAACGUCGUUUAUUCUAAUGAAUUCUAAAAUGUUGUUCAAUAUGAAAUCUGCGUAGCUAUUAGCAUUUAAGAUAUUCCAAAACUCAAAAUAUUUAUAUAUCAUCUCUCUAACACUAUCUCGGUCAAUUUUCCUAAGUUAGUGAGUUUUUUAUUUCAAACAGGUAGCUUUUCAUUUAGUUGAUAUUUACCAAAGAAUUUUGUUUUAUACAUUAUCGAAUAUUGUCAAUUUUAUGAUAUUAUUAUUGAAUUUAAGACAAAGAUAGAGAUUAAUCUUAAAUGGU